AUGCCUGCCUCAUCUCAUAUACCUCUAAUUGUUCAGCCCUUUGUCAGCGAACGGGCCAAAAAGACCCUCGACCUGGUCGAACAAUUUGUCGAAAGAGACUGUAUCCCGGCCGAGCCCAUAUUUCGGGCCCAACUCGGGCAGGGUGAGCAACGUUGGACCACCAACCCAGUCGUCAUGGACACACUCAAAGCUAAGGCCCGCUCCCUCGGCCUGUGGAACAUGUUCCUGCCCAGGAACCGCUUCUCUCAGGGCGCUGGCUUCACCAACCUCGAGUAUGGUUUAAUGGCUGAAUACCUAGGCAAGAGCAAACUGGCCUCUGAAGCAACCAAUAAUGCCGCCCCUGACACUGGUAACAUGGAGGUACUAGCAAUGUACGGCAAUGAAGCCCAGAAGCGAGAAUGGUUGGUGCCUUUGCUGGAGGGCAAGAUCCGCUCAGCAUUCCUCAUGACUGAACCGGAGGUUGCCUCGAGUGAUGCCACCAACAUCCAGUUAAACAUCCGCAGGGAGGGCAACGAGUAUGUGCUGAAUGGAUCUAAGUGGUGGUCCUCCGGCGCUGGUGACCCCCGCUGCCAGGUCUACCUCGUGAUGGGUAAAUCUGAUCUUUCCCAGCAGGACUCAUACCGCCAGCAUUCCGUCAUCCUCGUUCCCGCCAACACCGCCGGCAUCACUGUGCAUCGCAUGUUGUCUGUCUAUGGUUACGAUGAUGCUCCGCAUGGCCACGGCCAUAUCACAUUUGUGAACGUGCGCGUCCCUGCCUCCGCCAUACUGCUAGGCGAGGGCCGCGGCUUCGAGAUUAUCCAGGGCCGCCUAGGCCCUGGCCGCAUCCAUAUCGCCAUGCGAACUAUUGGUGCCGCAGAAAAGGCCCUCGAGUGGCUGAUUGCUCGGAUCAACGACGACAGUAGGAAGACCUUCGGUCAGAACCUGUCAGCUCACGGCGUUAUCCUCGAGUGGGUUGCCCGCUCGCGCAUCGAGAUCGACGCCGCCCGCCUCAUCGUCCUUAAUGCUGCCAUCAAGAUCGAUCAGGGAGACCCCAAGUCUGCUCUCAAGGAGAUCGCCCAGGCCAAGAUCCUCGUGCCCCAGACUGCCCUAGCCGUUAUCGACCGUGCAAUUCAGUCCUAUGGCGCGGCUGGUAUUUGCCAGGAUACCCCGCUUGCUCACAUGUGGGCCAUGAGCCGCGCGUUGCGCAUUGCUGAUGGGCCGGACGAGGUCCAUCUGCUGCAGCUCGGCCGUCGCGAGAACCGUGCCCGUAAGGAUGCCAUUAUCGCGAAGCUGGACUGGCAGCGUGCCGAGGGACGGCGUUUGUUGGCGGCUGGCGGGAUUACCGAGGCAAAGAGCCAUCUGUAG